GUAUUAUAAAUAAGGGACUGUUGUCCCCUUUUAGGUUAUGGCUUGUUAAGCCACAUCUUGUAGUAUUUUGCCUUGUUUGGCUGAAGAUCAAUAUAUUUUCCUUAUCCUCUUGUUAGAGGAUUCUUGUGUAUUGCCUUGUUGAGUUAGUGAGAGAUUCAAGAGUGAUAUUAUUGAAGUAUUUGCCUAACUUGGGCCUGAUUUACAUGGAAUCAGAGCCUCGUCUUUGGCUCUUUGUCUUGCUGCCAUUCAAGAUUGAAGGUUCAGUUUUUAUUCUUACGUUGGAGCUGUGAAGCACUCCAAGUGUUCGAGAUAUUGCUUGCUGAAGUUUUACACAAGAAGAAGAGUGUUUUUGCUGGCUUUUUGUGGUGAUUUCUUGACGAAAUUUAGCUCUCUUGGUGGUGAGCUCGUGGCUGUUGGAAGGGUGACUGGUUUCUAUUAUUGUUGAGUUUUUAUCCUUGCCGUAGACUUCUUUUUACGUGGCUGCCAUCUUCUUUAUAACUUGUAAGUGGAUCUACCUUGUUGAUUGUGCCCAUGGAUGACAAAGUCUCUUCUCUUCCUUUUCCCAAACUCUCGUCAACAAAUUACAAUGGGCUAGAACUAUGGAACACUUUAUUCGUAGUAAAAGCCUUUGGGGACUAGUUGAUGGGACAAAACUUGAACCACAACUAGUCCUUACGAAAGUUGUUGAUGGAAGGGCUAUGGAAUUGGAUGCAACCGAAAAAGAGAAGGUAAUGGCUGAAUACAACAAGAAAUGGGAAGAAUGGAGUGUUGGUCAUCACAAAAUUAUUACUUGGAUCUUGACUUGUGUUGACAAUGCUACUAGCGGGCAAAUCUCUCGGCUGCAGGCCGCCCGCGGUGUGCACGUGCCUGUCUUGCACCCACAGGAACUGUUAAUGCACUAAAGUUAAUGAAAAUGUAAUGUGUUUGAUAGAAUGCAUGUGAUUGAUGCAUAUGUGAAUGAUAUGAAUGCAAGUGUUAUGUUUAAGCAUGCUUCGCAUGUGACUGAUGUUGUGUUAGUGUGGCCAUCAAGUGGCUUUUACGUGUCGUACUCUGACACGACAUGACGAUAGAUGGGUUGAUAUUUGUUCUUUUAUUUGAGCCUUACUUGAGAGGGUUUGGCAUUUUCCUGGCUUGUUGCCAUACUGCAAAGGCAGAGCCUUCAGUUGUUUUCUAUUUCAGGUUUUGGCGGACCCAGAGCAACAGGUUGAGCAGAUGGCUUCACUCACGUCCUGCUGGGGAGGUUUUGGGAUUGUCGUUUGUAGUGCCGGCGCGUCAUGUUUUGGUUUUAUUGAUGUCUUCUUUUUGUUAGGCAUCAAUGUUAUGAUUUUGGGGCAUUUUGGUCAUGCACAUAGAUGUGAAAUUGUAUGAAACAAAAUGGUUAUAUAAAUGAAAGUUCGCCCCAUUGUUUUGAAUUGCUUGGCUCAUCGUCUUUUUGAAUUGUUGGGUAGUCACACCUCGAUGCUUUAUGUUCAGAAAAAAAAAAAAAGGGUUUGAGGGUUAAAAGGUCGGGGUGUGACAAUUUAACCCAAUGGGAGACACAUGCAAAAGGUCAUUUUCCUAAUAUGAAUAUGAGACAGGAAUUCUUCCUUGGUACCUCAUGUCUGGAGUGUGAAGUUGCUAAAUUAUGGGAAGAGAUCAAAUCGGUUCUAUAAGCUUUCAAAAUAUGUUGAGGCAUUCUGACAAAUAAUUUUGUUACUUUAUCCCCUAUGGGAUUAGAUUGAUCAAGGGGGUAUUCUCCAUCCAGAGGUGAAGGUGGGUAGCUUUGGCUUCCCUUACACAGAUUGCAAUGUAUCACUGUGUAUGUCCUUGUGCACCAGUAGAUACGUAUAGCUACUAUAGAGAUACAUGUAUAUGUGUGUGUGUUACAUUUAUAUGUAUAUACAUUUACUUACAUACUUACAUACAUAUUGUUAAAGAUACAAAAAAGGGGUUUUCUGAAAUAUUAGGAAGUUAGGGAAGGUCUCUUUAAAUGUUUUGUUAUUUUUAGUGGACUUCUCUUGUAAUUUUCCCUAACCCUAAUCUCUUAAUAGAGAUUAGGGUCACGUAAUGCAUGAUCACUUUUUGCCGCCUCUCUCUCUCUCUCGUAACAUGGUAUCAGAGCGGGUGUGGGCGUCGACGGCAGAGUGCGCUUUCCGGUGACCUUCUCCGGCGAUCACCAUCUUCUCCGGCGACAAUCUUUCCGGCGAACAGCCAAGUGAGUUCGUUCCUUCUUUUUCUUUCGUUCUCUCCCUUGUCACCGCUACUCCUUAUUCCCUCUUAUCACCCAAUAAGGAGACAGUGAGGGAAUAGGGGUUGGGCGUGCCGUGAGAAGGAGGACCUGAUCACGCCUAUGUGGAAGGCGUGAUCAGAUCCUCAUAUUGGUCGUAUGAAGAGACUAUUGUGGAUGCAGCGUGACGUGUGACGCUGUGGUUUGUGAUGAUCGUAAAUACAGUUUCGGUAAAGUCAAGCUGCGUGAGGUGUUGUGGAUGCUUUGUGGAGUCUAUGUGCUGCUUAUAAAUUCAGGUUUUUGAAUAUGAUCAGAUUUUUUCUACAGAUCGUGGAUACAAAUUCAGUAAAGAAAGGCUGCGUGAGGACUGUUGUUGAUCCUUAGUACAAGUUUUUUGUUUGAUUUCGUGGAUUUCUUUGACACGUGGACAGGAAGUUUUAUGAGAACUAGCUGCUGUUAUAAGUGGCAGCAGUCUUCAGUCGUUGGGAGCAACAGUCUUCAGUCGUUGGGAGUUCAUUCUUGUUUUUGUCAUCGGCUGAACCAGAUCUGAAGUGACAGUAAUUUCCUAGCCCUCUUUCUUUAAACGUUUGCGUCAAUCUGGUCUUCUUUAUUUACUAUGGCUGAAAACAGUAAAUCUGAAGGGUCUACUGACUACAAGAUGGCUGGGAAUUCAUUCUCUUAUGGAACCACGAUGAAACUUAAUGGCUCAAAUUAUGAAAUAUGGUAUAGGGUAUUCAUAAUGUCGGUGGCUGGUCAUAGGAAGAAAUAUAUUCUUGAGGAGGAUGAACCUAUUGAGAAAAAAGGAAUAUAUGUUGCGUGGGAUGAAGAUAAUUAUAUUGUUAUGUCUUGGAUUAUGAAUAGUGUGGAGUCUCAUAUAGCCCCAACUAUUGCAUAUUAUACCAAGGCCAAGGAUAUGUGGUCUUUCUUGAGAAAGACAUACUCGCAUGCCACUAAUGUAAUCAAGAUCCUACAACUAGAAGAGGAGUUAUGCAACAUUCGACAAGGGGAUCAAGACCUAUCUCAAUAUUUUGCUACUUUGACUGCUGCAUAUGAACGGUUAAAGGCUCUUCGCCCACCUUGUCAGCAUUGUUAUGCAUCACACGUUGAGACUGGUAUGGUGGCAAAGUUUUUAUCUGGCCUAUCUUCAGAAUACUCUGUGGCAAAGUCUCAAAUUCUAACAGGCAGUGAACUUCCAGAUUUAGCAGACACGUAUAAUAGGCUGAGUCGCUUUGCAGCCACUCUUUCUCAGACUACGCAUGACAUACCAGUCUCUGCACUUGUGAUAUCAGGAGGACGGGGCCCUAGUUCUUUUGGAGGCACUAGGGGGCAUGGUACAGGCCGUGGUGCUGGACGUGGCAGAUUUCAGUGCUCUUAUUGUGGCAAAAUUGGUCAUCUAGAGGACCGUUGUUGGGGCAAACAUCCUCACCUCAGGUCUAAUGUUUCCUCUGGACGUGGUGGAGGUAGAAUCACCACAAGCAGAGGUCCUUCUUCAUCCCAGGCAACUCAUUCAAAGGCAACAAUAUCUAUGGUUGAGUCUUCUACUGAUCCUUCUAUAUCUAUGUCAUAUUCUCUUAACCUAAGUAAAGAUGAAUAUGAUCGUGUUCUUGCUCAGAGGUCUGGCUCUACAUCUGCCUCUACAUCUACCAAUGCUGCUGUUGUAGAUUCAGCAUUCUCUGUUGGUGCUCCUACUGCUGAUCCAGGACUUACCAACUGGGAAGAUGAUUGGUGGCGGCCAUGAGCGUGAGGGCCUUUAUUUUUUGUCAAUCCCAGUUGAUGUUGCUGCAUCUUCAGUCCCUUCCAAGCCUUCUCCCUUCCAAUGGCAUCUCAGAUUGGGUCAUCCUUCCGUACCAAAGUGUGGAAUAUAGGGCUAUGGCUCAAACUAUGGCUGAAAUGUCGUGGGUUAGAUCACUACUUGUAGAGUUGGAUGUCUCAGUGAAUCUCCCAAUGAAGAUGUAUUGUGACAACAAGGCAGCUACAUAUAUCGCUAACAAUCCUGUCUUCCAUGAGCGGACUAAACACAUUGAAGUGGAUUGCCACUAUAUUCGGGACUUAGUUCAAGGAGGAAUUGUUAGCACUAUUCAUGUCUCCUCAGAAGAUCAGGCAGCAGAUAUUCUCACUAAAGCUCUU